AUGGCCCUAGCGAGUGCCUUCUUGCCCGGUUCCUCCCCCAUCUCUUUCAGUUUUAGAGAGAACAACAAACCGGGAGGGUCUCUUUCCUUUCACAGAAUUGGUCAUAGUCACAAUAACCUCCGAUGCUUGGCCACCCAGCAGACCCUUUCCCUCCCUCCUUCCUCUCUAAGAAACUCAGCCAACUACCAGCCUACCCUCUGGAAUUACGACUUCCUCCAGUCCCUGAACAAUGGUUAUACGGAUGAGAAGUACGAAACCAGAGAAAGGAAUCUGCUCGAGGAUGUGAGGAGAAUGAUCUUGAAUCAAAAUACGGAGCCACUGGCAAAACUUGAGCUCAUUGACGACGUCCAACGCCUAGGCCUUGGCUACCGCUUUCAGAGUGAGAUCAAACACGCUCUUGAUUGUUAUGUCUCUUGGAAACAAAAACGCUCUCAAACAAAACAGCACACAAGCCUACAUGAAGCUGCUCUAAGCUUCAGACUCCUCAGAGAUCAUGGCUAUCACAUCUCACCAGAUAUAUUUGAGAGUUUCAAGGACCAAAACGGUAAUUUUAAGGCAUGCCUCAGCAGAGAUGUGAAAGGGAUGUUGAGUCUGUACGAGGCAACAUUUCUGGGAUACCAAGGAGAGGACAUUCUGGAGGAAGCCAAGGCCUUCACCACCAUCCAUCUUAGAGACAUAAAGCAACAUGUAAGCAACGAUCAUCUGUUGGAACAAGCAAUCAGUCACGCGCUGGAUCUUCCAGUGCAUCGCAGGACACGAAGGUUAGAGGCGAGAUGGUACAUAGAAGCCUAUGGUCAGAGAAAAGACGCAGACGCGGUCCUUCUCGAAGCUGCUGUACUGGAUUUUAACAUAGUACAGUCAACACUCCAGAGAGAUCUCCAAGAAAUGUCAAGGUGGUGGAAGGCGAUGGGAUUGGCCUCAAAGUUGAGUUUCAGCAGGGACAGGCUAACGGAGUGCUUCUUUUGGGCCGUGGGAAUGGCGUCCGAACCUCAACAGAGUGAGCUUCGAAAAGCACUAACCAAAGUCACUUGUUUCAUUACCACAAUCGACGAUGUAUAUGAUGUUUAUGGCACUUUGAAUGAACUUGAGCUUUUUACCACCGCUGUUGAAAGGUGGGAUAUCAAUGCCAUACAAGAUCUGCCAGAGUACAUGAAAGUGAGUUUCCUAGCUCUGUACAACACUGUCAAUGAAAUGGCUUAUGAGGCACUGAGAGAGCAAGGACGCAAUAUCCUGCCCUACCUCACCAAAGCUUGGGCAGACAUGUUGAAAGCAUUCCUGCAAGAAGCCAGGUGGUCCCAUGACAAACAUCUGCCCUCAUUUGAUGCCUACUUGAGAAACGCAUGGGUGUCAGUUUCAGGAGUAUUAAUCCUCAUUCAUGCCUAUUUCUUUCUUGAUCACAACUUCUCAGAGGAGUCACUUCAAUCGUUGGAACCCCACCAUCACCUUUUGCAUUGCCCUUCCGUUAUUUUUCGGCUCUGCAACGAUUUGGGCACAUCAAAGGCGGAGUUAGAGAGAGGUGAAGCAGCAAGUUCGAUAGUAUGUCACAUGCAUCAAAGUGGGGCCACUGAGGAGAAUAGCAACAAAUACGUACGCGGUUUGGUGGAUGAGACUUGGAAGGAGAUGAACAAAGGAAGAGAAAUGGAGUCCACAUUUUCAAAAGCUUUUGUGGAAACUGCGAUGAACCUUGCCAGAACUUCCCAUUGCACCUACCAGUAUGGUGAUGGCCAUGGAGCCCCGGAUUCCACAUCCAAAAGCCGGAUUCGAUCAUUAAUUGUCGAACCCAUUCAGCUUUCUAGGAAUUAA